AUGAUUGUGACUAGUCCACCUGUUCUUGAUGUGGGGAGUGUAAUAGAUUUACCCACCUAUUGUCUACAACAACCAUGCCUAGGCACUAAAACCACAAUUGAGGCUUUAAGUUCAUCCGGAAUUUCGUUUUUCUCAAGCUCAAUUCUAGCUCAGAACGUAGUCAGUUUGAUCAAUUUAGUCAUUCAAUUGUUCUGCGUUUGCUUUAUUUGGAAAAAUGGUUAUUUGAAAUUAAGCACAUUCUUCAUUAUUCUCUUUAUUCAUUCGUCUAUAAUCUCACUUCGUGUAUUUGUAUACAUUAUCAGUUCACUUGCCAGUGCAUUUAUUAUUGAUUCAAGAACUUUAUCCGGAUUUUAUUUUAUUCAACCAUCGCUGUAUUUGGACUACUCCAGUAAUUUCUUCUCCGUAGCCAUAACAUUCCUUAUGUCACUAAACCGAUGUCUAAGUUUUGGGGCAAAGCCUUUAAACUCCAGAAUUUUCGAUGGGGCGAAUGUAGUUGCUCCGGUUCUUCUAGCACUUUCCAGCUCUAUAUCAUGUGCAGUUAUAUGCAUCAGGUCUUCUUCAAUUGAAAGACACUUCCUUCCCACUACAGGAUUUAUUAACAUUGAGACAAAGUUGAAUUGGGUUUCCUUGUUUAUAAACCGAAUGUUCUUCAUUUUCCCACUCGCCUCUAUUGCAUGCUACAUUGUUUUAUUUUACGUUCUACGGAGCCAAAACAAGCAGGCUUUCACCAAAUCCAAAAGCCGGAAUCAAGGAGAGCAAAAGGUAUUUGUGCAGCUCUUGAUAACUGCCAUACUGUAUGGGGUAACUCAAAUAUUCUAUGAAGCCAUUGCAUUCUUUCUUAUAACUGAAACUUCACUUAAGCUAUUCCUUAUUUCCAUAUUCAAUGUAUUAAAUUAUCUUCCUGAAAUAUCUCUGCCCCUGUCAGUGAUUGCCAGCAAAAUUCGACUUGGCGAAAAACGAAUCGCACGUGUUGCUCCAAAACUAACACUUGAAAUGAAUAGUGUGAAAGCUGUAACAACUGGUGAUAAAAUUUAAAGUUUAAAUGUAAAGUAGGGCUUCCGUGUAGGCGUAGGCGACCGUCAGGUUUCAGGCAGGCCCUGAAACCGCGCCUGCCUACCAUGGAAGCCCUAGUUUAUAUGAAAUAUUUUUUUAAUUAUGGAGUAAUACUUUAAUACAUACUGUUUUAAACAUUCUAUAUUUUAUGAAUUUAAUAAACAAUUUU